AACGACCUAGAAAGACUCAGGGCUGAAGUUCUUCGGUGCCUGCCCAGCUGCGGGGCACCACUGCUCAGCUCUGCAGUUGUUUCACUCCUGAUCUUCCUCACUGUGGACCCCGUAGGUGUCAGCGCAGCAGGGAGGGGGCUCUGGGCUGGGGGUGUGUUCCUGCUACAGCCAGGUGGGCGGGGGGCAUAUCCCACCUCUCAGCUGCAGGAUGACCCUUUGGGCCCCGUCCAGGACAGGUGGGACCCGAGACCCCCAGGGGGCAGGGCAGGGAUCCCAGCACACCCGGUGGGGAGCUCAGCUGCCGCAUGCCCAUGGGAAGGACGAGCCCAGGGCAGCCCUGACCGCAGGCUCUCCGGAGCAGGCAGCGGGCCAGCCGGCUCUGGCACCCGGCCCGGAAGUCUGUCCUGCCCCUUCACUGUGACUCUGCAAAACAGUGGGGCGGAGGCCGUGACGAUGACGAUGGCCGGGCAAGGAGGAAGUAAAGGGGCACGGCUGGGCGCUGCACUGCUCGGGGCACAGCGGAGGGCUCGGCUGAGCACGACAGAGGAAAGCCAAGGCCGGCCGGCAGCCACAGCCAUGGCAGAGGCUGAGGACAGGAGCAUCCAUACCCAGCACAUCUCGGCCGUGCACAACGUGCCCAUGCGGGUCCUCAUCCGGCCCAUCCCGGCACAGCUGGAGCCGGGAAAGGUGCAGAGCCUGAUGGAGACCCUGCAGGAGGAUCCCGAGCGGGUGCCCCCCAUCGACGUGCUCUGGAUCAAAGGCAGUGAGGGCGGCGAUUAUUUCUACUCCUUCGGGGGCUGCCACCGCUAUGCUGCCCACCAGGCACUCCGCCGGGAGACCAUCCCAGCCAAGAUCAUCCCCUCCACCCUCAGCGACCUCCGUACCUACCUCGGCUCCUCCACGCCUCACCUGCGCUAGCCCAGCACCCCGAGGAUGCCCAGCAGCCCCUUCUAUCCCUGUUGGUUCCGACCCGCGAGCCCUCGGUGAGGAUGUGGUCGGCGUCCCCAGCCCUGGGGAGUCCCCAUGGUCCCUCCAGCCGGGAUGAGGCGAGAGUCCCCCAAGACUUGGAGGGUCCCCGGGGUCCCGGCAGCCGGGAUGGGUCGGGCUCUCGCCGGUACCGGGAGGUGCCCGGCGGGGCCAGCAGGUGGCGCUAUUGUGCCGCGCUGCGCCGCCGGAGCGACCGCGCGGACCGGGACGGGACGGGAGGAACCGGGACGGGAUGAACCGGGACUGGACGGGAUGAACCGGGACGGGAGGAACCGGGGCGGGAGGAACCGGUACGGGUUGAACCGGGACGGGACGGGAGGAACCGGGACGGGAGGAACCGGGACGGGACGGGAUGAACCGGGACGGAACGGGACGGGACGGGACGGGAUGAACUGGGACAGGAUGAACCGGGACGGGACGGGACGGGAGGAACCGGGGCGGGACAGGAUGAACUGGGACGGGAUGAACAGGGACGGGACGGGAUAAACCGGGACAGGAGGAACCGGGACAGGAUGAACUGGUUGGUGUGGGAUGAACGGGAGCACGGCGCAAUCGGGAAUAGAUGAACCAUGAUGGAACAGGCCAAACCGGGGCACAUCUCAACCGAGAAUAGCUGAACCGGGAUGGAAUGGGCUUAACCGGGGCAUGGCUCAAGCGGGAAUGGCUGAACCGGAGCACACUGGAACUGGGACAAGUCACAGCUCAUUCGGGGCACAGCUGAACUGGGAAGGGGUACAGGCAAACUGGGACACAACAGAAUCAGGACACAGGGAAGAGACACAGCCGGCCUGGCAUGGCCAGUCCCCAGCCCUCCCUCAGCGACUCUGGGCUCACCAGUGGUCUCAGUCUCUGUGGGGAAUAUCUCCAAAAUCCUGUGCUGGUGGCAGCCACUGCUGCACCUGGAAUAAAGAUGAUCAAAACCC